CGUAGCCACAGGGAUGACUCAUGCUCCGGGCUGAGUUAAAAACUGUCGGGGGCGCUCACAGAGCAAAUAGAGUCUGCUGUGGGACUCUGGUGAGCACUUCUCCAGCCCUGGAUAUCUGGGUCAGAAGCUGUUGAUAAAAACUUGAAGAUGGACUACACAGGGCUGCUGCUGCUGCUGCUCAGCCUCAGUGGGGCAUUCAGUGCUGUGGUGCAGUGGAAAGAGUUGAAUGAAGCAGAGGCCUAUUUGAGGCAGUAUGGUUACCUGGACGACUCUGCUGACCCACAGGACCCUCGUUACCUGGAAGACAUCAUCAGUGCUCUCAGUGUCCUCCAGAGGGUGAACGAUCUGCCACCUACUGGAGAAUUGGAUGAAGCCACGGUGGACUUGAUGAAACAGCCCCGCUGCGGCCUGGACGACCCCUUCAAUAAGAAGUUUCACAGAUACAGAGUGAUGGGUCGUUGGAAGAAGAGGAGUCUGACCUACCGCAUCUACAACUACACACCUGACAUGAAGAAGGCCGAGGUCAAGGCAGCCAUUCGCUCUGCCUUCAACUACUGGACUGACGUGACUGUAUUGACCUUCAGAGAGGUCGACUAUGGCCGAGCGGACAUAAAGAUCUCCUUCCAUAAGAAUGAUGGCUACUGCGCUGUCCCGUUUGAUGGCCGAGGUCACGUCCUGGCCCACGCUGAGUCACCAGAGUCUGGUAUUGUUCAUUUUGAUGAAGAUGAGUUCUGGACAGAGAGAUCAUAUUAUGGCACUAAUCUGCGUAUUGUGGCGGCCCAUGAAAUCGGCCACGCCCUCGGCUUGGGUCACUCUCAAUUCAGAGGCGCUCUGAUGGCACCGGUCUACUCUGGUUACCGUGCCAACUUCAGGCUUCAUUCAGAUGAUGUGAGAGGAAUCCAGGCACUGUAUGGUAAACGCGUAGACAGCACUCUGGCCAGUCCAACGACCCCUGAGAGUGUGUUUCCCACAGAAAGCAGCCAUGAAACCUUCAACAUCCCUGACCCCUGCACCGCCACACUGGACGCCAUCAUGUUAGGUCCUUGGAGUAAAACCUUUGCUUUCAGCGGUGACUAUAUAUGGACGAUCUCUGACCUUGGACACAACACACCGAUCAGAAUUGACAGGCUGUGGAAGGAGCUCCCUGGAAACCUGAACGCUGCUGUGCACUCACCAAGAACCAACAAGACGUACUUUUUUAAAGGAAAUAAAGUGUGGAAGUACACCAGGUUCCUGCUGGACUAUGGCUACCCUAAAGAGGUGAAACGGAUUCCUCCUAACAUCGACGCAGCCUUAUUCCUGGAGAAGAACAAGAAGCUGAUCUUUAUUAAGGGCUCGGAGCACUGGCAGUGGGAUGAGCUAAAGUUCAACAACUUAAGUCUGUACCCCAAACCGCUCUCCAUGCUCUUCACCGGCGUGCCGUCCAACGUGGACGCAGCCUUCACCUGGACCAACGGCAAGAUCUUCUUCUUCAAAGGGGACAAUUACUGGCGAGUGAGUGAUAUGCUGAGAGUCGACAGAGGAUACCCACUGAGCAAGAAGGCGCGCUGGAUGAGAUGCUAGGAGUUGACCAUCAGGGGGCAACAGGCACUAAGAGGUCUACAGCAGGGGUGCUGGUUCCACUCCAGGGGCAUUGACAUGACCAUGCAACCUCAACAGCAGUGAUUCAUUGUGAAAUAUUGUCUAACUAGAAAAAAAGCAAGGGAAAAGGAAUUAUUUUUAUCACUGGUUCUAAUUACAAAUUUCUCCUUCCCUCCGAAGCAGGCAGAUUUUUUUUGCGAGGCUUAAUUCUUGAGCACAAAUGUGUUUCUGUGACUGAGAAUUAUGUAAGUCCAUCCACGAUCUCAGGGAGAAAUCAAGAGGCCUUCUGUUUCUCUCUCUGACAUGUGUUGGAUUAUGUGUCUCAAUAGUUUCAGUAAGAUGUAAUACGAUGAUGGGAGUGUUCACAUUUCUGUUCAGGCUUUAACUUUUUUGUCAAACCAGCUU